AGUCUGCGCGUGCGCGCGGUGGGCGGCCGGCAGAUGGCUGCGCUCCGCAGGCUAGCGGCGCUUGGCGCGGCGUGCGGGCUCUGUCGGAGGGCUGUGCGCGUGGCUGCGGGGAUCCGAGGCCUUUGCCCCCAGAGGGGCUACGCUGCGGGCCCCGCUCAGAGCUCACCUACCUUUGGGUUCCUAUUUGAUAUUGAUGGAGUGCUGGUUCGGGGCCACAGAGUGAUUCCUGCUGCUCUGGAAGCAUUCCACAGGCUGGUGAACUCCCAGGGCCAGCUGCGGGUGCCUGUGGUAUUUGUCACAAAUGCUGGGAAUAUCUUACAACAUGUCAAAGCCCAGGAGCUGUCAGACCUACUGGGGUGCAAGGUGGAUCCAGACCAAGUUAUCCUCUCUCACAGCCCCAUGAAGCUCUUCUCACAGUACCAUGAGAAGCGGAUGCUAGUGUCUGGGCAGGGACCCCUGGUGGAAAAUGCCCGAAUACUGGGUUUCCGGAAUGUGGUGACUAUGGAUGAGCUGCGGACGGCCUUCCCUGUGCUUGACAUAGUGGAUCUGGAGCGGCGGCCAAAGACCACGCCCUUUCCAAGGAAUGACUUCCCAGCCAUUGAAGGGGUGCUUCUACUUGGGGAGCCAGUCCGUUGGGAGACAAGCCUACAGCUGAUCAUGGAUGUCCUCCUCAGCAAUGGGAACCCUGGGACUGGCCUGGCAAUGGCUCCCUAUCCACAUCUCCCUGUCCUGGCCAGCAACAUGGAUCUCCUUUGGAUGGCUGAAGCCAAGAUGCCCAGGUUUGGCCACGGCACCUUUCUGCUGUGCCUGGAAACCAUUUACCAGAAAGUGACGGGCAAGGAACUAAAGUAUGCAGGCCUGAUGGGCAAGCCCAGCAUCCUCACCUACCAGUACGCAGAGGACAUGAUCAGGCAGCAGGCAGAGCAGAGGGGCUGGACCGUCCCCAUCCGGAAACUCUAUGCUGUGGGUGAUAACCUCACGUCUGACGUCUAUGGUGCCAACCUGUUCCACCAAUACCUGCACAUGGCCAGGCAUGCUGGGGCCCAAGAGCUAGGGCCUGAGGGCCUGUGGAAACAGCGGCCCUCCACAGUCCGAAGCUGUGUCUCUAUCCUAGUGUGCACUGGCGUGUACAGUCCCAAGGACCCAAAGCCUGCCCUGGGAGGAGAGGAGCCUCCAUUCCAUGGGCACCGGGACUUCAGCCUCAGUCCAGGGCUCAUGGAGGCAUCCCACGUUGUGAAUGACGUGAAUGAGGCUGUGCAGCUGGUUUUCCGUGAGGAGGGCUGGGCUUUGUAGUGAGUGGUGGGUGUUGGAGGUGGGGGUGGGAGGGCGGCUGGAGCUACAGGGGAAUCCUGCCAGCUGGGUCCAACUGGCUACUGUGCUCCAAUCAGGGCCUGGCUUCCUCUUCCUUGCCAAUCUCCGUUCUACCCCAGCUGUGAUAUUACUAGUCACCUGGAAGAAGCCAAUGGCUUUUUUCCCUGUUAGGCAAUAGCCACAGAAAUGUCCCCUGGGUGGUGUUUCAUACGAACUAUUGGGAUUUUCUGGGUGGGAUUCCUGUGUCUCUCUUGGCAGUCUGACCUCAGGCCUGUCCUUUUACACUUUAUCUCUGUGCCUCAAUUGCCUUCUUAUUUCAGUAGGGACUUCGGAGAAAGGUGAGGCACUUGGGACAAUGUGGAAAUUUCCACAGAGCCCUGGCCCUUCUUGAAGGAACCACUGUGUGUCCACAAGGUGUGGACCUAACACUCAGAUACUACUUUUUACUGUAUUUUAGUUUAUUGCCCAGAGACUUUGGGGCUUAUUUUUUUAAAUUAAAAUGAUCAUAAUAAAUAUUCAUGAUGCUGUCUCU